AUGGAGAAACUGAUAAAAGAGCAACAGAAGCGCAUCAUCGACGAACUCUCCAAGAUAGACGGCAACGCAUUUACAAUAGAUGAGUGGGACCGCCCCAAUGGUGGAGGAGGUAUAUCGUGCGUCCUGCAGGACGGGAACGUGUUCGAAAAAGCUGGUGUCAACGUCUCAGUCGUAUAUGGAAAGUUACCUCGUCCCGCAAUUGAGAAGAUGCGCGCGGACCAUAAAUCCUUCGUCUCCGCAGAUGUCGAUUCAUUGGAUUUCUUUGCCGCUGGACUAUCGCUUGUCCUUCAUCCAAAGAACCCUAUGGCACCUACAGUUCACUUGAAUUAUCGAUUCUUCGAAACAUCUGACCCCAAGGAUGCUCUCAAUGGAAAGACAAACUGGUGGUUUGGCGGUGGCACUGACCUGACCCCAUCAUACCUCUUCCCCGAGGACUGUGAGCAUUUUCAUAAAACGAUAAAGGACGUCUGUGAUACGCAUGACCCGUCGUAUUAUCCAAAAUUCAAAGCCUGGUGUGAUAAAUACUUUUACCUCACGCACAGAAAUGAAGCUAGAGGCAUUGGCGGAAUAUUCUUUGAUGACCUUGAUACAGAAUUCAUUCGCCAGUCUUCGCCGGCCUCAGCCUCGAUAUCAGACAAAGAAGCACAGGAACGUCUUUUCUCUUUCGUCACGGAUGGUCUAUGUUCUUUCCUGCCUGCAUAUGUCCCCAUUGUAAAGAAGCGUAAGGAUAUGCCAUUUACAGAGCAGGAGAAGGAUUGGCAGCAGCUUCGCCGGGGGCGAUAUGUGGAAUUCAACCUUGUGCAUGAUCGGGGAACGAGCUUUGGAUUGCGUACUCCCGGCUCUAGGAUUGAGAGCAUACUGAUGAGCUUACCUCGAACUGCGAAAUGGGUAUAUAUGGACCCCGUGUCCGGGACAAGGACUGAUGGUGUAGAGUCCGAGGAUGUUGAGGGUAUGGAGAGGGAGAAGGAAUUGAUGGAGGUACUCAAACAUCCAAAGGAGUGGGUGUAA